GGCAAUCAACAACCAUCACUAAUUUAUAAUCAAUGUACAAAAACACCAUCUUCAUACCAUAGUCAACCAUAUGUUCCAUUAACUUUCAAAAGCAAUAUUCAACAACAUUCAGUAUUAUCUUCGUCAACAGCUAUCAUUACCUUCUCGUGUGAGUGCUGAGAUAACCGACAAUUUGGAUGAUUUGAAACAAAAGUCAUUAAUCACCCCUACAGCUGACAGCAAACAAAUUGAUCAAACUUUAUUAUCAUCACCACUAGUACCGUUGUCAAUUAGUGAUGAAAAGAUUUCAGAGCCUCUACUUAUCGUACUUGAUGAGAGUGAUGACGAUGACUUGAUUGUAGCUGAAAAGGUAGCAAAACAAACUAGCGAAACGACUGAAAAAAAUAUAAAAACUAAAAAACUUGUUGAGAAUACGUUUGAUAAUUCAACUUGGUCCACUGAACAGUUGAAUAAUGAACAAACUAGUACUGCACUUGAUUUCAUCAUUAAUACGACUUCAACGUCUGUAAUAGCGGAAACGAUAACGAUGGAAAAAUUAAGUAAGAAAUCAACAACUACCACGAAAAAUGUAAUUAAAACAGAGCAUAACGAAAGUACCAAAAACCAAUUACCAUUUGAAAUAGAGAAUAAUGAUAAAUUAAAUGAUAUACACGAUAAUCUUAACGACACAAUAAAUCUUGAAAUGAAUAAACAACAACAAACUACACCAGUUCAGAAUCAAAAGAGAAAAAGAAGUAAGCGUUAA